GACUGAGAGGCGGAAGACGAGGAUAACUGACUGGGGGAAGGCGAGAAAGGGUGCCUUUUUAUAACUUUUCAGAGGCCCCCCGGAUGCGGAGAAAAAAAAACCCCCAAUGCCCCAUUUUUUCGUUUUUUCUUCUCGAAAGAAUUCCGUGUUCAGAAGAUGAAGUCAUAUGGCAUGCCAAUAUACGCAAAGAUCAGGAAGAUAAGGUCAUAUGGCAUGCCAAUAUACGCAGAGAGAAGGUCAGGGGUAGGAGAUGGCGCGCGAUUCGCGUAGAAAAUUGGCCCAGGAGGAAGGGACGCGAAGGACGUCGAGAUGGAUUGGAUAAUCGACUGCUCUUUGAUAUGAAUCUCCAGAGGACGACGAGGACGACGAGGACGAUGCGCUUGCUCAUAUUAGUGGUUGCUGUCGUCUUUUAACGGGUUUUCCUGCUUUUUUUCUGCAUUUCAACGAGCAAAAAAGUGUGAAAUCCGGACGAAAUUCGGACGAAAUUCCAGCAAAAUCAGUCGCGCGUGCGUGCAUUACGUACGCGAGGAAGUGUUCAAAAGAUCCGCCAGGAGAAGAAGGAGGCCAUCGAUGGAAGACCAAUAUUGGGGCGAAUGCAACACAAACGAACGUCAUCCUCAUUUCAAAUCGUUAAUUAGCAAAGGGAUUGGAAGAAAGAAGAACGAUGGGGAGAGAUGUGACGAAGAGAAGCUGCGGGCAAUGAGUCAGUUGGAGGGGGGUAAAGCAGACGAGGAAGUCCCCCCGCAAAGAAACUCACCCAAAUGGUCCUUCCAAUAUGUCUUUGCAGUAGUCUUUGUGUUGGAGUAAAGUGCGGGGGCGAACCAGAGCAUGCUUUGUGCAGACCGCACAGACAAGGCGUAGACCGCUCACAGCGAAAAGAGAAACGAGGCAAACUGUUUACAGCGUCAUGUAUGCUCGCUCGAAUAUCCUUGAAUUCCUUCAGAAUUCCUUCCAAAAUAAAAGACAACACACUAUUCUCAAAGUUCAUCCUUGAACGGAAAACGACCUGCGUUGGAAGGGUUGGGAGGAAAAAAAAACGGGUCCAUCACUCGGUCGGAUGACGCGUUCGGACACCCGUCACUCUGUGCAAAAAGCUGUUUUCAAACAAGGGCGAGCUGCUCAAGAAAGAAGGACUUUCGAGGGAGGAUCGCCGCCUAUACGUAAAGUUUCCGCAAGACCCAAACCAACAAAGCGCUGCAGCGUUCUCGGCGACUCCAGUUGUGAACCCAAGUUUUCCCAACGGUUGAACGUAUAGACGCUUGACGGGAGCAUUCGGGAGCUUUCUGUUCACUUGUGAAGCCAGCUCGCAAUCGCCAUACCUUUAUUCCCACGAGCCACCAGAAACAGUCGUUUUAAAAACACAUAAAUACAAGUCCAUUUCUCAAGAAUAAAUAUCCUCAAGUUCCAUCGGCCAUUUGCCGAGUCCCUACAACCGUUCGCCUGCCUAAGCUAGUCCACCGAUCCUCCCUCUUUGCGCGCUUUUCCACAGCCGAAUUUCCUACUCUACUACUCUACUCUGUUGUCCACCUCUCAGUUCGAUCCUCCAUGAACAGCUCCAAAUCCAUUGGAUUUCGCUUCCUGAUCAUGUUGUCUCUGUCGCUGUCGGAACGCUGCGUGCGCAUCUUGGAUCUCUUGGAUGUACUUGUGAAGUUUUCGCAUGCUUACUGGCUUCAUGGUGUGGGACAGUGAUUUGAGUACUCAGAAAACCGUAUGAGAAUCGAAAUGAGCCCACCUUUGUCAAAAACAGAUCCGCACCAGCCGCCAAAGCAGCUCUCUCAUCCUCUGGGUUAUCCAAUCCAGUCAUAACGACAAUAUUGGUUCGCGGGUGUGGCGUAACGUUUGAACUGCUCCCUCUCUCGGCAAGGUUGGCUUCUAUGGACUCUUUAUCGAGAGCGCGAAUAGAGGACGUUGCGACGAUGCCAUUCAUUACGGGCAUCUGAACAUCCAUAAGGAUCUGAUCAAAGAAUGGCAUUCAUUUUCUUUAUGCAAAUAUGGGCAAAUCGCACCAAACACUUACCAAUCGGUGCUGCCUCUCACGCCAAGCAUCCACCGCUAGCUGACCGUUUUCAACAAUAUCAUGUGGGAGGUUCUUGCGGGUGAGAAAGGUGGAUAGAAUUCGCUGAUUGACUGGCACAGUACAUGAUAUUAGCUUUUUAGAUUAGAUAUAGUAGGCUAUUCACUAUGCCACUUACUGGCAUUGUCCUGGUAAUAAUAAACGACAUCCACAGUCAAUGAGAACUGUUAAUUGAGC